AUGAAGUUCGGCGAGAAGCUUGAGCAGGAAUCCGUUCCCGAAUGGAGCCUUUAUAAUGUCGACUACAAUUCCCUAAAGCACGAGAUCAAGGUCCAUACAUCGCGUCACCAGGCCACCGCCGUCACCAUCCCGGGUCAGCGCGAUUCACCGCUAGAAAAAUUCGAGGAAAAGCUGUACUUGGAGCUAUGCAAUCAGCACGACCGGGUCGAUCUCUUCGUUAAUAGCAAGGCGGGCGAAAUCUCCAGGCGACUCGACUCGGUUUCUGGGCAGAUUCAACGCUUGGUGGCCAGAUGUAACAGACAUGGUACCUCAGGGAUAACCCUCAAGAGGCAACGCAGGCUUGCCAAGUAUGAGCGUGAGCUUCUGCGCUGCGAGGAGGAUAUUCUCGCCGUUUCGCGCUUCAUCAACGCGCAGGUAACCGCUUUUAGAAAAAUUACCAAGAAAUACAGGAAAUGGACGGGAUCCGCCACUCUCGGCUCUCGCUUUCGUCAAAACGUCCUCUCGAACCCGAAAAGCUUUACCCGUCGCGAUUUAACCCCCUUGCAGCGCAGAUACGACGACAUCCUAGCUACAAUGCGCAACGCAACCAGUCAUCUCAGCGAGCCGAGCUCCCCGUCUUGCGUAUCACCCCAGCUCUCAUCGCGGCAGAGCCCUCAGUGGCAAGGCGACGCCGAGACACAGGACGAGGACAGGAGGCCAAACUUCGGGGCCCUACCGGAGCCGGACCACGCACCACAGCAGCCAGCGCCAACACACUACUGGAACGAAUAUGACGACGGGAGUGACGCCGAGCAAGGCGCGGAGGGUGAGGAAUAUGCCAUCUACAUCAACCCGGACGCCGACGAAGGGAUACCGGGCCUGCGUUCCGUGAGAAAGAUCCUACAGCGGCCGCUCAUGAUGGCCAAUUUGUGGUUCUCUCGCAGGCAUCGUGAUGAUGGCGCCGCGGAACCGGCGCGCGGAUCGCUCCUUCCGCAUCGACGCUACCAGGAUGAGGAUGAUAGCUCAGACGAUAACCGGGGCCCGCGACGAGGAUACGGUGGGAUUUCUCCGUUCGGCGCUGAGGCGGAUGACGAAGAAUACGCCACCUCCGAGGACAACCUCCCGCUGUUUGGCUACAACGGGUAUUACGCGGCGUUGCCAAGCCUCAACGAUCAACGGGCGGCACGGUACAGGGAGCGGGCGCUGGCGUGGGGCACCCUGGGGUCUUUCGCCGCGUCAUUCGUCCUGCUGGCGGUGGCCGGCGUGCUCAUUGCCACGGGCCGCCACCGGCUCCGCGUCGAGGUGGACGCCGGUGUCACGGUGGGCGCGGUGGCGAGCCUGUUCUGCGCCUGCCUGGCGCUCGGCAUGGCGCUCUACCGCAACGACCGGCUGGGCUUGGUGUACCAGUUUGCCGUGUGGAUCGGUUUCACGACCGCAUGUGUCCUGAAUGGUACACUGCUGGUAUUGGUGGUGAGCAACUAA